AUGAUUGACUGGGAGGACCCCUUAGUUCACCUGGAGAUCUACGAUUUGGCCAAACCUAUUGAGGGCACUGUCUUCGGAUUCAUAUUCCUCUUCAAAUGGGUGGAGGAGAGGAGGGGUCGGUGGCGCACGAGAGGACAGGACGGACACAACGGAUCCGGUGUGGGCUCGCAGUCGCAGGACUUCAUCGAAAACGAGUCGCUCGUCAACGACAUGUUCUUCGCGCAGCAAAUGGUUCCCAACUCCUGUGCUACUCAUGCACUGCUGUCUGUGCUCCUCAAUUGCCCGCACAUUCAGUUGGGAUCAGUUCUGCACCGAUUUCAGGCGGACACGAAGUCCAUGAGUCCGGAGAACAAGGGCUAUGCGAUCGGCAACUGUCCAGAGCUGGCCAGAGCUCACAACUCACACGCGGCGCCGUCUCAUGAGAUCUCAAUCGAGAAUAAGUUCAGCACAUCUUCACGUCCGGCCAAUCUGUCGGCCACUCAGCGCACCUCCAGUCUCGACGCCUUCCAUUUCGCCUCUUAUGUGCCAAUCAGUGGCCGACUCAUCGAAUUGGAUGGUCUGAAGCGCUACCCCAUAGACCACGGAUCCAUUGAAGACGAGUAUUGGACCGAAAAGUUCCGGAAAGUGAUUCGACAGCGACUCGAGAGGGAGACCCAGUCUUCGGAGGGCAAUGACAUCCGCUAUAACCUGAUGGCAGUGGUUCCCGACAAACGCGUCAACUAUUUAAAUAAACUCAAUAUCUUGAAGACUAAUCGACACAUUGUGUUGGAAGCGCUGCAAGAGAUCACACGUCCCACACGACUGCCCACUCCUCUUGAUUAUCACAAUUACUCGAAAUAUCCGGACAUUUCAGUCAAACCACAGAACGAAUUGUUGGAAACACACAAAACCGAUGACAAUAACAACGACUCGAAUAAAGAGAGAACUCAAGAGUCGAAAGGAAGUCAUGAAAUCCGAGAGCCGUUAACCAUAUCUAUAGCCGAAGAGAACGUCAGAAGCGAUUUACGUCUCCCGCUAUCCAUCCAGACCUCCAUAUCUCCGACUCCCAGCUCUUCCUCCAGUACUGACACGUCUUCGGAAAUCGGAUCCGCUUUUAAUUCGCCGAAUAAUACGAGUUGUGAUAAUACGGACGAACGGAUCAAUCAAAUGAUUGUUUGCAAACUAUUUAACCGAAAACCAAAAACAGAUGCCACGACUCCUACAGUCGAUGUCUCGUCUGCCUCUCCAGUGAGUCUUUCCUCAUCCACGCCCACACCGACUGUCACUUCCACUCACAGCCCAACCACUCCAUCGCCAUCCAUAUCAUCAUCGAGUGUGAGGUCCGGUACGCCAUCGAAAGCAUUAACAGCCAGCGAUUUGGUGGCACUUCUGAAGAAUCUUGAGAUUGAUAUCAAUUUGACGGAAACUAAUCUGAAGGACGAGUUGGAGAAGAGAAGACAGUAUCGGAUCGACGACUCGCGACGAACUCAUAAUUACGAUCAGUUUGUCACCACAUUCCUGGCGAUGUUGGCCGAGAGGGGACAGUUGGCAGACCUCGUCGAGCGAGACCUCGGAGUGUCGUCUUCGCUGUCCAACUGUUCUGAACAGCAGAAGCGCGUCAACUCACCGCCAGUCUCGCCCUCAACUCUGAUCGCAUCUCUCAUGACAACAGUUAUCAAUAAUAACACAAAUAAACCUAAAAAACGCAAAAAGCGUCUCAGAAAACACUCACGAAAGUUGAAAAAAGUUUAA